AUGGGAUCCGGCAACUGUACUCCACCACCGAGUACCAACUGUUCACCAGAAACUGAUCGGAAGUCAAGCAAGAGGAUCAAGACUAACACACCGGCUAAGUUCAAGCCAAAAGUUUCAUGCAGGAGAGUUUUGGAUUUUGGAUCCAUUCGGACAAAAACCAUGACUAUUUACACUAAAGGAGGUUAUCGCUUUACCCGCCGAGUGAGGGAGUAUAUCGAACAUAGUUCCUCUUCAUCUUCGUCCAGUAAGAGAGGCCAUUGCAUCAUCCGUCAAGUUGGUAACAAAUGCAAUGAGAAAGAGGAAGAAGAAUGGUUGAAGGAAGAGCAAGAGUUAUUCAAACAAAGAGCUUCAUCCUUUAUCUCGUCCAUGCGUUCUGUUCAAGGAUAUAGGCCUUUCAUGCGCUGGAAAGGUUCUGUUGUGGACUCAGUUGUCGGCGUUUUCCUAACCCAAAGUGCAUCAGACAGUUCAUCAAGUUCUGCAUUCAUGUAUUUGGCUGCAAAAUACCCCAAUCAAAUCACAACGGGAGACCACACUGAACAUGCCAUAGACUGGAACGCUGUAAGAACUGCACAACAUUCUGAGAUCUCUAAUGCCAUCGAAGAAAGAGGGAUGAAGAACAAAAUCGCACAACGAAUCCAAGAGUUCCUUCAUCGCAUACAUGAUGACAAGACUGGGCUUAUUGAUCUUGAGUGGUUAAGAAGCGCCACAGCUGAAGAAGCAAGGCAUUACUUUAUGGAAGUAUAUGGACUGGGAUUGAAAAGCACAGAAUGUCUACGGUUAUUGACACUACGACAACGCGCAUUCCCUGUUGACCGACAUGUUUGUAGAAUAGCAGUGCGUUUGGGAUGGGUCCCGAUUAAAAAGCUUCCUGAUGGUGUUCUCUUACAUCAGCUAAAAGAGUGA